UGGCCAACCACAACAGCUAGCGAGCGGCGCGCCGCUGCCAUCUUUGUUGCGCGUUUUGGCUUGGCGCCUUUCCUGUGUUGGUUGUUCUCUGUAGUGGUGAUAGUGUGUAACACGUUUCAAAAUGGCUGGAGGUAAAGCGGGUAAAGACUCUGGAAAAGCUAAGGCAAAAGCAGUCUCAAGAUCGGCAAGAGCUGGAUUACAGUUUCCCGUUGGAAGAAUACACAGACAUCUCAAAAAUAGAACCACAAGUCAUGGGCGUGUAGGUGCUACAGCAGCAGUUUAUUCUGCAGCUAUUCUCGAAUAUUUGACUGCGGAGGUGUUGGAGUUAGCGGGAAAUGCAUCCAAAGAUCUUAAAGUAAAGCGUAUUACACCACGGCAUUUGCAAUUGGCAAUCAGAGGAGACGAAGAACUGGACAGUCUGAUCAAAGCUACCAUUGCUGGUGGUGGUGUUAUUCCUCACAUCCACAAGUCACUUAUUGGCAAAAAGGGUGGCCCAGGAGCUCCAGUUUAAAAGCGGGUAACAAGCAACAUUUUUCACUGCAUUUGACUUUGAUCUAAUGGUCAUCUAAAAUAUUCAUUAGCCAAUCGGUAAACAUAGUUUUCUAUAUAGGCAGUGAUGUGGACAGUGGUGUGACUUCAUAGAACUGAUCCGGACUUAUACUUGUAGCUAUAAGUACUAGUAAUAUGUUAGCUUUAAGGAGAAUAAAUAUGAUUGUAUUAGAAUUAAGGCUUUUUUGGUAUAAAAUAUGAUGGGAAAAGUUAAUUAACUGGAUUGUGUUUAGUUAAAAUUAUAUUCCGCCGGUGUCUGUUUGUGAAUGUUACUCCAUGAUACUUGCAGAUUUAUAAUUUUGAUACAUUGUAACUUUUUUUUAGCUCUAAGCUAUCAUUCAUAAUAUUAUUUGCAGCAUUUGUAUUUUUUAAGUGACAAUUGUAAUAAGCAAUGGCAUAUUAUGUUCUAAAUUGUAUUUUAGUAUGAUUGAACUGUUACAAGUUGUAAGAAAUGUAUUUUGAUCUUUAAAAUAUAUAAAGCAAGCACUGAAGUUUGUUUAUUCUAAAA